ACGUUUUACAAUAUCUUUUCUAUUCAAACAUUGUAGUGUAAAUGUAUUGUAUUGCAUGGCGAUGUGUUAAAUAACAUUGCUAUAUCUAUUUGACAUUCAUUAACAAAUGAUACUGCUAUUGUACACUACACACAACACAUAUAAAACAAUUAUUCGCUUUAAAAAAAAAAGUUGUCAGUUUUCGUUUGUUCUUCGUGCUGGAAUAACCAUUACAAGGAAGUUGAAAGUGAUUAUAGCUGCCCUUUUUGUUGAUUUGGUUAAACUAUUAGUGUUUCAAUCAAGUACUGGUUAAAUUGUGUAGAAAUUUAUAUAAAUAAUAAAAAAAAUGAAUUACGCUAAGCCAAUAGAUAAUUCUCGUUUAAUUUGCAAAUUAAUCAAAGCAAAACCAGAACUAUACGAUCCAGAAAAUCCAGAUUAUUCUAAUCGUCCCCUUCAUAGUAAAAUAUGGAAAGAAUUAGCAGGAAAAUUGGGUGUUAGCGUUGAAGAAUUUAGAUCAAAGUGGGCUUCUAUGCGUAAUUCUUAUGCUAGAUGUAUAAAAGCAAAAUUAGAAAAUCCAAACAGAACCAGAGUUAAAUGGUACUUGGAAGAUCAUAUGAGCUAUUUAGAAAAACACAUUUUGCAUAGAUCUAAAAGGAAGAGUUUGCUAGAUAAUUUUGGUAAUUCAAGCGACACGAAAUCAGAUUUAGAUAGCUUAAAACAUGAGCGUCUUUCACGGGAUGAUUUUGAAAUAGAUGACGUAUCAAUGAGUGCAAGUGAGGGAAAAAGGAAACAUGGCAAAAGCUCUUCAGGAUUUAACCAUAGACUUGAUGAGUUAGAUGAAAUAUUUAGCAAUUGUGACCAACAAAAAACGUCGGAAAUGUCUUCAAAGUCAAUGAAGAAGAUAAAACGCUCAUAUUCAGAAGAAUUUGAUAAACUUUUUAAGUCAGUCACAUGUUUUUUUGAGUCUCAAACGGCUCAAUUAAAUCAAAAUCCAGAUGACCUAUUUUUUCAAAGUAUCGAAAAAGAUUACUCAAAAUUAACAGAAAAAAAGAAAAGAAAAUUUAAAUUGACAGUCCUAAAUGCUUUAAAUGAAUUUCUAGAUGAAGCUGAUUAGAGAAAACUAAUAAAAUAUUAUUUUUAUUUGUAUGCUGCCUACUGAAACAUAUGCAUAAAUGUAUAAGUAUUUAUGUAUAAUUGUAAUCAAAUAAA